AUGCGCGCGACGUCGCGACUUCUUGCGACUGUCAAGUCGGCCUCCAAAUACCUCGAGCCAAAUACUCCUACGGGCCUGACAGGCCUCACAACACAUCCAUCACCUCGUCCUGCAUUGGUAUGGACAUAUCGACAAACACUCAAGAAGCUCGAGCAGGUCCCUAAAAAUUCCGUCUAUCGCCAAUCAGUCGAGGCACUCACCAAGCACCGCUUGGAGAUCGUCGAAGCCACGAAACCCGAAGGCUACGAACAAUGGUUGGAAAGAGUCAGGAAACAGAUCGAAGCCAGUCCGAAGGCUUACAACCAAUUGCUGAAUGAGGAAGGGUCGCUGGCUAGCGAGAAGCCGCAUGUUGAGCACAUCGAUAACUGGGACGGCCAAAUUACGCGAGCUGAUGCUCACCCUGAGGGUACAAAUGAUAUGGCUCAAGCAGAACGCAAGACAAGAGCGGUAGAAGAGGAGGUCCGAGCCAAGAACUUGGAAGAAAAGGAAGGAGUACAGCCCACGGUCGAGGAUCUGGAGGUUGAGCCACCGUUGACGAAGGAGCAGAUCAAUGUUAUUGAGACAAAGAUCGGGGCUGGCCUGAUUGAAGAAGUUAUUUCUGUUGCCGAAGGCGAGUUGAUGCUCGUGGAUGAAAUGUUACGACAUCAAGUAUGGGAAGAGCUGGAAGAGAAAGCUCCGUCCGGGCAAUGGAAAUACUUUGAACGUGGAGAGCGGGUGUAG